CACACAUUCCAAAAAUCAACGGCAGCCCUACGUUUUUUAUAUAUAGCUCCUUCAAACGAUUAGCGCACACACAUCCCUCACCCUCUCUUCUUCCCCUUCUCUCAAUAACAGCCCUCCACUCCCCUCCUCUUUCUCUCUCUCUCUCUCCCUCCCUCCCUCUCUCUAGGUGCUGUCUUGUUUCAAGAUUUCUCUAUUGUUAUUCUUUAAGCUCUUAUUUUGAUUUGUGCGGAGUUAAUUUUUUUUUUUUUUGCUGAUUGUUCUGAUUUGGGGAGGGGUUAAAUUUUGAAUCUUUGGUCAUUCUUAGCAUUUCGGAGCUAAAAAGCUCGAAUCUUGAGCUGAAUCUCAAGUGGGGUUUGUUCUUGCUUCUCAUAUCAUUAGAUUUAAUUUGGUGUGUUUUGGUGCGGGUGUUUCGAUCUUGGCACUGUGGUUUGAAGUUGGUUCAUUGGUGGGUGGGAUUUAUAUCGUAACCUGUCAAUGGGCGCUUUAGAUGAAUGCCAUUACAAUGUGGAACUAGAGAAUGGAAUCAAUGUUGGGGAGUGUGUUGAGCUGGGUUUUGAGGGGGAGCCCGAGACUCUGGCCAUCGAGGAUGCUGUGGGAGUCCUCUUGCAGGGUUUGGGUGAAGAUAUCAAUCGUGAAGGUCUGCGGAAGACCCCUCUCCGUGUGGCCAAGGCCCUCAGAGAAGGGACUCGAGGUUAUAAGCAAAAGGUAAAUGACAUUGUUAGUGGUGCUUUAUUCCCCGAAGCUGGGUUGGAAAGUAAAUUUGGUCACGCCGGUGGAGCAGGUGGGCUUGUAAUUGUGCGUGAUCUUGAUCACUUUUCAUAUUGCGAGUCUUGCUUGCUUCCUUUCCAGGUUAAGUGUCAUGUAGGUUAUGUCCCCUCUGGUCAGAGGGUUGUAGGCCUAAGCAAGCUCUCUCGAGUUGCUGAAGUUUUUGCUAAGCGGCUUCAAGAUCCACAAAGAUUGGCCGAUGAGGUUUGUUCAGCUCUCCAACAGGGUAUUAAACCAACUGGAGUUGCUGUCGUCCUCCAGUGUUCCCACAUUCAUUUCCCUGAUUUUGAGUCAGCCAUCUUCGACCCGAAUCACCACGGAUGGGUAAAGAUUUCUGUUAUGUCAGGCUCUGGAGUUUUUGACAAUGAGAAGGCUGACUCUUGGACUGAUUUCCUCAGUCUUCUCAGAUUCAGGGGUAUAAAUGUCGACGAUGCUUGUGGCAGAGGUUCAGUUAACAAAUCUUGGUGUCCAUCUCAGACUUUCCGGAAGAUGGGGGCAUCAGAUUCAGCUAUGGUCAGUGCAGUGUCAUCAAUUCUUUCUUCUUUAGGGGAGGACCCAUCAAGGAAAGAACUUGCAGAAACUCCUGCUCGAUUUGUCAAGUGGUUGUUGAAUUUCAAAAACACUAAUCUGGACAUGAAUCUAAAUGGAUUCGUCCGUAGUAAGAGAGAUUCUUUAACUCCCAAUGGGGACGUCAGCUGUAACGAAGAACACAUCUGUUCUGAGCUAAAUUUGUCAUUUUGGUCACAAUGUGAACACCAUUUACUCCCAUUUCACGGUGUGGUUCAUAUAGGUUAUUUCAGCUCCAAUCGGAUCAACCCUGUUGGAAAAUCCCUUCUACAGUCAGUAGUACAUUUUUAUGGUUUCAAACUCCAAGUACAGGAAAGGCUCACCAGGCAGAUUGCUGAGACAGUUUCAACAUUCCUAGGUGAAGAUGUAAUGGUAGUUGUUGAAGCUAGUCACACUUGUAUGAUUUCUAGAGGCAUUGAGAAGUUCGGAAGCAGUACUGCUACAGUUGCUGUCUUGGGUCGAUUUUCCACCGACCCAACGGCAAGGGCAAAAUUUUUGCAGAUUAUUCCAAACUCUUGCUAGUGGAACUUGAUCCUUGACUGAAGUAGGUAUACAUUUUAUACUGAAUUAAAUAGCCCAUUUUUGAAGCCCUUGUUUUAAGUAUGUGCCUUGUCUGGGAGCGUCACUGAAGCUGCAGUGGUGAAAGAGAGCCCCCAGAAAUACCCUUUCGGCUGGUUUUUUAUUGAAAGCAUUCUUCAUCCUUUUGCUCCAUGCCUGUAACAUAAAGGCGUCGUAGCCUAUAAAAACGUUGAUCUUAUUCAGCAUUUUCUUAAUUUUCAAA